CUGCUUCGUCUCCUUCCAGUUGUCGUCGUGUUCUUCCACUGCAUUUUCGUCUGCAUCUUCAUCUGCAUCUGUUGUCGGGAAAGCCAAGCAACGGGAUUCGUCCUCUGCCAGGAAGAGAAACACGCUAGCCCAGGGCCACGGCCAUGCGGUCCCUGGUCCUCUCCCCUGUGCUCUUGGCCACGGCUGUUGUCCACGCCUUGCCGGAGCUCUCCAUUGUGAAGAGAGACCGCCAAACCAAUGGCCGGACAGACCUCUUCGCGAGAAGCAUACCAGCACCUCCACAAUUACUGCGGCGACAGGAUGGCACCGUCGGCAGCAACAUCUUCGAUGUCCUGUCCUGGAGCUCGGGGGGUGCCUACUAUACCAAUGUAACGGUCGGCACGCCUCCACAGCUCCAAACGGUCAUCCUCGAUACCGGCUCCUCCGAUCUCUACUUCGACGCUUCGAGCGCAACCACGUGUGAGAACCCUCCAUCCGCCACACAGGCUUGUGAGGGAGGCACAUUCGAUCUCACCCAGUCGAACACCUACCAGGAGGUACACCCGGCGCCCUCGUUCAACACCUCUUUCGGUGACGGCUCUAGCGCAUCGGGGCCAUAUGGGUCGGACGUCAUUGGGAUAGGAGAUGUGCAGAUAUCGCCUGUGCAGUUUGGAGUCGCGACGACCGUGCAGAGCACUACCGGAUAUGCGAUUGGCCUGAUGGGCUUGGGAUACAGCAGCAAUGAAGCGGUCACGAGUGCACGCUAUUUCUACCAAAAUAUGCCAGAAGUGCUGAAGGAUUCGGGAGAGAUCAACUCUCGGCUGUAUUCGUUGUUCCUGAACGAUGCAGGCGCCGAGUCCGGUACCAUUCUCUUCGGCGGCAUUGACAGAUCCAAGUAUACGGGAACACUGGCCACUGUCAACUUUCUCUCGCAGUACUACGAAGGCGAGAAUGCCGGCCUGAACUUCAUCACUACCGUCACGGCUGCCUCUGUCAUGUCUGACGGGCAAGAGACAGAGUUGUGGAGUGGUGGCAGCGAUGGAAUCGACGCAUACAACCGAAACGAUGUGGCUCUGCCGGUAUUGCUCGACAGCGGAAGCACUGCCUGGCAGGUCCCAUCGAACUACUACAAUCGAUACAUUGCUCCUCAGUUUCCCUUUGUGGACCGCAGCGGGGCGUGUUCCUGCGAAUAUGCCAGUUCGGGACCUUCACUCCAGCUGGAGUUCGCGGGAAAGGUCACGAUCAAUGUGACUGCUGAUCAGUUCAUUAUUCCCGUCAUCGAUCCCCAGACCCGGGAGCCUAUCCCUUACGACCGCAAGGGAAAUAACGCCUGCGUCUUUCUCAUCCAACCGGACACCACGGGUGCACCAUUUCUCGUUCUCGGCGAUGCGAUCUUGCGAAGCAUGUACGUGGUCUACGAUCUCGACAAUGGACAAGGGUCCAUCGCCCAAGCCAACCAAAAUCCCGGUGACCCAGACGUUGUCACUGUAGAGGCUGGACCUACGGGAGUGGCUGCAGCCGUGUCUGGCGUCAAGACUGCUCCCGCCAACACCAACACUCCCCCACCUGAAGUCACGAGGACCGUAUCAUUUACAGUCGCGACAGCGGAAACCGCCAUUGCCACUGCCACGGGAAAUGCCGCCAUCCCCGAAGACGCACAAAUCAGUGCCUCACUUUCCUCUGCUGUAGCGCCCAGUGCUACUUCGUCCCAGGGUGCUGCCAAUGUAUUAGUCCCUUGCGUCGACUUUUCCAGUAUCUGGGUGGCGAGCAUCUGGACGGCCGGCAUUGCAUUGGGAGUGGGUGUGAUGAUUUGAGGGACCUUUUUUUAGGGAGUUCCACACGAUAACGACAGAAGAUACCUAUUGAUACAGUCGAUAAAAACAAAGUCAUGAUUGCAUAGUGUAUAUAUGGAUGUGUAGAUAGAUGUAGAUAGAAGGCGCAUCGUGAAGAUAUAUAUCUUACCUACCUGGUACCUAGAAGUUAAGACAUCUUUGGACUCAGGUACUCAAUACUCUGGACUGGUUAUACUCUGUGAACAUCGGGCAUCCUAAGGUCGUCCGUCUUCUCCGCACAUUUCUUUCGGAGAGAG